AUGUCGAGAAAGACGAAAAGGUUGCUGAGCAAGAAGAAGAGUGCAAAAAAACAUACAACAACUGUCGAUAAAGAAAAGACAGAGAUACAUCAACAGUCGCUAUUAAACCAGCAUGAUAUGGUGAAUACCGUUUUGCCAAAAAGACAGGUGACUCCGUUUCAAAUUAUGGAUGAAAAUGACGCAUUAUCGUUACAGCUUAACCAUCAAGAAAAGGUAAAUACGGCGCUCUUUCUGAUGAUGAUGAGCAAAAGAGCCGAUAACGAUACUGCUUCUUUUACCGAUAUAAUAGGAGGAGGCUCUACUGGAGACUCUGGGAUUUCUCUGCUUUUUUCUGGUCUGGGAAACACCGGUAACAUAUUUCCAAAUACAGGCUCCACGUCAAUAGCCACCACUUCAACAAAUCUGCAAGAUAAUGCUAGCACUUUUCCAUCGCAAUCACUGCUGUCAAGUUCGAGAUCAUCAUCUUCCUCAACAUCGACAUAUGUACCAGAGUCAACUCAGGAGUCAUCCACAGAAAACAGUGAUUCCGCCACUUCUUCCACAUCAUCGUCAUCUUCGACUAUUGCUGAAGAAACGGGGGAAACUACCACAACAACUUCAAGCUCGUCAUCUUCCUCUUCCUCGUCAACUGAAAAUGGAGAAACAGAAACGUCAGAAACAACAACUUCAUCAUCUACUUCCUCGUCUAUAACAACUAGCGCAUCACAAAGAGUCACAACAUUAAGCUCAAUACAAGGAGGAAGCACCAUUGUGGUAACGCUAACUUCCCUUAUAUCCCUGGCUCCAACAUCUACUUCCGAUGCAACAAAUCGAGAUUCAAAUUCAGGCGGAUUAUCACAAACAAAUAAAAUAGUGGUUGGUGUAGUCGUUGGUGUAGGAGGAUCUAUUUUAAUUGGGUUGAUUUCAGUGUUGUUUUAUUUGAAGAGAAGAAAUAAUAGGGAUCACGAAAAUGGCUGGACCUUCUGGAGAAAGAAUGAAAAAUUGGGAAGCGAUGAGUUUUUCAAUGGUGAAUUGGGUGUUAGAGAUAGAAACAUUAAUCAGGGCUCUAACUUUUAA